UUAAUAUGGGCACGCACCGCUAGCAGACAACACGUGAAGUCCGUGGCAGGCUUAUCGCCAAUUCUGAAGCUUCGUCUCUCACAGAUCCGCGGUCCGACGGGCGACGACUCUUCGUCCUCGAAUGAUCUUCUCGGCGAGGACGAUCCUACCGACAAGAUACUCGAAGCCCUAAGACCCCACCCUCCCGGUGUCCAUGGCUCCUCCUUCUCACUCUCAGCGCUCCUCCUCCCCUUCUCAGCCUUCCGGGAAAGGUGAAGUCUCGGAUCUGAAAUUGCAGCUCCGGCAGCUUGCGGGCAGCCGAGCUCCGGGCACUGAUGACUCAAAGAGGGAGCUUUUCAAGAAGGUGAUCUCCUACAUGACUGUUGGCAUUGAUGUGUCGUCACUGUUUGGUGAGAUGGUCAUGUGCUCCGCGACGUCAGAUAUUGUGCUGAAGAAAAUGUGUUAUUUAUAUGUUGGGAAUUAUGCCAAGGGCAAUCCUGAUCUUGCCCUUCUGACGAUCAAUUUUCUUCAGAAGGAUUGCAAGGACGAGGACCCAAUGAUCAGGGGGCUUGCUUUGAGGAGUUUGUGUUCAUUAAGAGUGGCGAACUUGGUGGAGUAUCUGGUGGGUCCUCUGGGAUCGGGGUUGAAAGAUAGUAGUAGUUAUGUGAGGACAGUGGCAGCAGUUGGGGUUUUGAAGUUGUAUCAUAUAUCAGCUGUGACAUGUGUUGAUGCAGAUUUCCCGGCUAUGCUUAAGCAUUUACUGCUCAAUGACCCAGAUACUCAGGUAGUUGCAAAUUGUUUGUCUGCCUUACAAGAAAUUUGGACUUUGGAAGCAAGUACCUCUGAGGAAGCAUCUAGAGAGAGAGAAGCACUGCUUAGCAAGCCAGUAAUAUAUUACCUUUUGAAUCGAAUCAAGGAAUUUAGUGAAUGGGCACAGUGUCUUGUACUUGAGUGGGUGGCUAAAUACGUACCGUCAGAUAGCAAUGAGAUAUUUGACAUCAUGAAUCUUCUUGAAGAUAGAUUACAGCAUGCAAAUGGUGCUGUUGUCUUGGCAACCACCAAGGUGUUUCUUCAAUUGACUUUAUCCAUGACUGAUGUUCAUCAGCAGGUAUAUGAACGUAUUAAAGCCCCUCUACUCACCCUAGCGAGAUUGGGAAGCCCAGAGCAAUCUUAUGCAGUGUUAAGCCACCUGCAUCUGUUGGUGAUGCGUGCACCUGUUCUAUUUUCCUCAGACUACAAACACUUCUAUUGCCAAUACAAUGAGCCAUUUUACGUUAAAAAGUUGAAACUUGAAAUGUUGACUGCAGUGGCAAAUGAGAGCAAUACUUACGAAAUUGUAACGGAAUUGUGUGAAUAUGCUGCAAAUGUUGAUAUUCCGAUUGCAAGAGAGUCAAUUCGGGCUGUUGGGAAAAUAGCAUUGCAGCAGUAUGAUGUGAAUGCGAUUGUUGAUAGGCUCCUACAGUUUCUUGAGAUGGAAAAGGACUACGUGACUGCUGAAACUCUGGUUCUUGUCAAAGAUCUUCUCAGGAAAUAUCCUCAAUGGAGUCAUGAUUGCAUUGCAGUUGUUGGGAACAUUAGCAGUAAAAAUGUUCAAGAACCCAAGGCAAAGGCAGCUCUAAUAUGGAUGUUGGGUGAAUAUUCUCAGGACAUGCCUGAUGCCCCUUAUAUUUUGGAAAAUUUAAUUGAUAAUUGGGAUGACGAGCAUUCUGCUGAGGUUCGUUUACACCUUCUUACAGCAAUACUGAAAUGCUUCUUAAGAAGGCCUCCUGAGAGUCAAAAGGCACUGGGAGCUGCAUUGGUGGCAGGUCUGGCCGAUUUCCACCAGGAUGUUCAUGAUAGAGCCUUGUUCUACUACAGGCUUUUGCAAUACAAUAUAUCUGUGGCAGAAUGUGUGGUGAACCCUCCAAAGCAAGCUGUUUCAGUCUUUGCUGAUACUCAGAGCAGUGAAAUCAAAGAUCGUAUAUUUGACGAAUUCAACAGCCUCUCUGUUGUGUACCAGCAGCCUUCUUACAUGUUCACUGAUAAGGAGCAUCGAGGUCCAUUUGAGUUUUCAGAUGAACUUGGGAAUAUGUCUAUUGGGGCAGAAUCAGCAGAUAACAGGGUUCCAGCCCAGAGAGUUGAGGCAAAUGACAAGGAUCUGCUUCUAAGCACUACAGAGAAGGAAGAAAGCCGGGGGCCCAGCAGCAAUGGUUCUCAAUACAGUGCUCCACUGUCUGAUGGUUCUACCAUGUCAGUGGCUGCUUCCCGGACACAUUCGGAGUUAGCAACAUCAAAACCCUUAAGCUUUGCUAUUGAUGAUCUACUUGGUCUAGGUCUGACAGAAGCACCAGCGCCCACUCCUUCACCGCCGUCUCUGAAAUUGAAUGCAAAAGCUGCACUAGACCCAGGCACUUUCCAGCAAAAAUGGCGGCAACUUCCAAUAUGUUUGUCACAGGAAUUCUCUUUGAGUCCUAAAGGAGUUGCUGCAUUGACAACACCACAAGUCCUUCUCAGGCACAUGCAAGGACAUUCCAUCCACUGCAUUGCAUCCGGCGGUCAAGCCCCAAAUUUCAAGUUCUUUUUCUUUGCACAGAAAGCAGAGGGAUCAUCUGCCUUUCUUGUAGAAUGUAUAAUCAACACAUCAUCAGCUAAAGCACAAAUAAAGGUCAAAGCUGAUGAUCAGGAUACAUCUCAGGCCUUCUCAGCUCUUUUCGAAUCAGCCUUGUCCAAAUUGGAGGUGGCUUAAAUAAAUACGUCUGUCUCUUCUUGUCGAGUGCUUGGGCUGGUAUGUAUUUUCUUCUGUUUCUUCGAUGUAAUUCCAUUUUUCUUGGUAAAAAUGAAAAAAAAAAGGAAAAAGAAAAAAAGGAAGUGAGAAUCCUUUUUGUAGCUCUAGGUUAUUCUUCUCAAUUGCUGUCACUGUAUGUUUUAUUGUAAAAGCACGGGUUUUUUUUUUUUUUUUUUUUAAAUUUUAUUUUUUCAGUUGUGCAAUUAGGUUUGUCUUUUAUUUCGGCACAUUAAAAUUAACAUUGAUGAGUGAUCGCGGUGUUCAGUUUGUUGUAACGGUAAUGUGGAGGUUAUAAAUUUUCUCUUCUGUGUAUUUUUAAAAUAUAUAUUUCUCUAAUCAAGUUACAAGCAAA